UUCCUCGUCAGCGAGACAGGAAUCGAUGCUCCUGUGCACACUCUUACUCUGGAGCAGGUAAAGUUUCUCUUUGAAUCUGCAGUUGUUUCACCAUUUUGGCUAACCCCUCCCUCAGUUCUUACACGUCAGUGAUACCCAGAAGCCGAAGCUGCGCAAGGAGGGAUCUGCAGAUUCCGCCAACCAGGCAAGGGAUGAUAUUGCUGGUCUUGCCCGGCGAGCCCAACGCUCCAUGUCAGUUGGAGGCGGCAGUCAUCAUGACUCAGUCUCUGAUAUGAGCGAGCGAAUGAAGCACACGCGGGAUUUCAAGGAGAAGGGCUACAAGGGCAACAGCCGUGGCCACUUUAUCCAGGCUCCUUUUACUACUCUGGAAGAAAUGUUCAAGAAACUGCCAGAGUCGAUUGGCUUCAACAUUGAGCUGAAAUAUCCCAUGCUUUAUGAAAGUGAGGAGCACGAAAUGGACACUUAUGCUGUCGAGCUCAACUCCUUUGUCGAUACUAUUCUCACACAGGUCUAUGAUCUCGGCAAGAAGCGCAAGAUGAUCUUUUCGAGCUUCAAUCCUGACAUUUGCCUGCUGCUCUCAUUCAAGCAGCCUUCAAUUCCGAUCUUGUUCCUCACUGACGCGGGCACGUCUCCUGUCGGCGACAUCCGCGCCAGCAGUCUCCAAGAAGCUAUUCGUUUCGCCUCGCGAUGGAACUUGCUCGGCGUUGUCUCUGCGGCUGAGCCUCUCGUAAUUAGCCCACGAUUGGUCAAGGUAGUUAAGGAAUCUGGUUUGGUGUGUGUUUCAUACGGCGCCGUCAACAAUGACCCAGAAAAGGUCAAGCUGCAAGUCAGGGAAGGCAUUGAUGCCGUCAUCGUCGACAGCGUACUCGCCAUCCGUCAAGGUCUGACCGGCCAAGGCACUGCCUCUGCAGCCCCGAGUAAGCCUGCAAGCGCCGCUCCUUCUGGAGCAGCAACGCCCGUUAACAGUGGGGGUCAUGGUCCGCCCAAGGUCCCAACUUCCACUAUCUCUUCAUUGAAUGGCGCAAUCAACGGUACUGGGUCCCAUUAGUCUUAGUCCUCAUGGCACAAAUGCCACGCAGGAUUUUGUCAAUGGGUAAGGAUUUGCUGGAGAGACAUUAUCAUCACUCGAGGAGCUGUUCAUUCUUAGUUAUGUAUCUAUGACAAUUGGGUUUUGGUCUGUUAGGAAU